CUCCUCAACACACAUCCAAACUCAGUACUAGGCUACAACAGAUAAAUUCCAGCCAAACGAUUUUAUACUAAAUAUAUAAUCCGAGUUAUAUUCCGACGGGAUAAUAGAGUUUCCGCGAAUAUAGUAGUAUCCAGGGUACGCAUCCGAAAACUGUAACUCGAUAAAAUCCGAGCCAAACAGGGCUUAGUUUCUGGAGCGGGUGGUGUAAGUUUGGCGGCCAAGAAUGCGGACUUCAAGGUGAAAUGGGCUCUAGAACAAGACAAAAAGAUUGCGAAUAUCUGGAGAGCAAACAACGAAGGAGAAAUGUAUGAGAUGAACUCGAGUAAAUUUCUUAACAAGAAGAAACUCCCGUGGGUUCCGGUUAUACAUAUGUCUCCUCCUUGUCAACCAGUUUCCGUUGCCCACACUGGAAAAAACGACAAGGCGAACUGGCAUACGAUUUUGGUUGACACGCCCAGGAUUCUCAACAAGCUUAAUUCGGCCAUUGGUGUUUACCUUUGAAGAAACACAAGGAAUGAUUCGCGUAGGUAAAAAUCUCCGAAGGAAGAACGAACUAUUUAACAAACUCGUCGAAACGGGUGUCACUUUUCCAUGGCGUCAAGUGGUUUUCCAAGACUACGGAGUAGCAGUCAAACGGAGGCGAGUGGUUGGACUUGGAGUAGCGUACGGUUAUCAACAUUUACAGGAGUCCCAGAACAAGAUAUGCUAACGCUUUCACUAGGCCAGGCGAGAGAAUUCCGCAAUUCCCAAAGCGAACUCAUUGCAGAUACGGCAAGAAAGUCCCCGGUCUAUCACCCCUCGAGACGCCAUACGAAAUCUUGAAACGGAUCCCGCAAGAUGAAAGAAGCACAAAAAAGACCAACUUCGGAAAAUAAAGAGACGUUGGGAUGGAACCCAUAUAUGCGCCCAUUGGCGAUGUGACGACUAAGGAGACGAACUGGGGAGUUGAUUAUACUGGUCAAUAUGUCAUGAAUAAUAGAGAGAGAGGGGAUCUGAUCACAAUGACCGGCCAUCACUGGCCAGUGGGACAGGAGAUUGCAAACAAGAAGGCUAUAAGCAACGCUGUUCCGCCGAAAGGGUUAGAAAAGCUCUUCGAGGUCAUCCGAGAGUGGCUGCAACUUCGAUAUCCAAAGAGUAAGAAGAAUUAAGACCACUCCUUAGUUAGAGAGCAUUACCAGAAAUCUUUCAGCAGCGAGCUUGACGGGGUUGAACAGACGAAAGAAAAGAGGGAUUGGCUUGUUGGGAUAAAAUAGUUACAGGUGCAG